AUCGCCGCGUCGGACCUCCAAACCCUAGCUCGCGCGGUCCACGAGCAGCAGCACCUGGAAAAGCCCCACCCGGACGGAGACCCUCGACACGUACUCCCGCUCCCUCCAUCUCGCGGGAUAAUAACCAGCGAGCGAGCCAAGGGAGAAGAGAUCCACCCUCCUAAUCUCUCCCUCUCCUUCUAUAUCUCGGCUACUCGGAUCCCGUCCAUGAUGAUUCCUUGCCCUAAUUCUAAUCCCCCCUCCCGAGAUCUCAUCCCAUCUCUCGUUAAUUGAAAGAGAGAGGAAGUAGAGUAGUCUCCAGGUAUCGGUACUGCUCUGUUGGAGGACGGAACGAAGGAAGGAAGAAGAGAAAAAAGUUGGAGGGAAGAUUACCGGAUGGGGUCUACGGAAGAGACCUCCACCGCAGGCGCUGCCGCCGAGAAGCCUUCCAGGAAGGCAGCGGCUUCUACUUCGCCCGCUCCGGCGGCGGCUCCUCCACCGUCGUCGUCCCGAGAAUCGCCGACGCCAACCCAACCGCCGCUGCAAGUGGCGGCACAUGUGUUCUCCGACUGGGCGGCGUCUCUGCAGGCUUUCUAUGGCAGCGGAGCUGCUGCUACCGCACCCUAUCCCUUUGCUUGGGGAACGCCGCGUCUGGAGUCGUCUUAUGGUCCCCCGAUCACGCACUCGCCGAUGUAUCCCAAUGGAGCAGUGUAUUCUCACCCCUCCAUGGCCGUGGGCAUGGCUUACCCAACUACAGACCCAUCGGAUGGGAAGAACAAGGGGAGUUCCGGCAAUGCUGGGGGUUCCCCGGGGAAGUCAGGGGAUGGCAGUAAAAUGACUUCGAGUGCUGCAGAGAAUUCCUCCCGGAGUGGUGACAGUGGCAGCGAGGGGUCAUCGGAUACAAGAGAUGAUGACGCCAAACCAAAAGACUUAUCUUCAUCGAAAAAGAGAAGUUAUGGCAAUAUGAUGGCAGAAGUGGAUACUCCACAGCCCAUCACUGCUGCCCAGUAUGGUGGAACUGUGGUCGAACCAUCUUACAGUAGUAGGGGAAGAUCUGCCACAAAACUGCCAGUUUCAGCGCCAGGGAGGAUAGUGCUUACUAGCCCUCCAACUAACUUGAAUAUAGGGAUGGAUCUAUGGAAUGCUUCCCAUGCUGGAGCUGUACCUGUUAAAACUAGACCUACGGAAGCAGGUAUUGCGACUGCAACAGGGAGAUGGGAUGGGGUCACAGCUGAACAGCAGCGGAUACAGGAUGAACGGGAAUUGAAGAGGGAGAGAAGAAAACAGUCAAAUAGGGAGUCAGCGAGGAGGUCAAGGCUACGAAAGCAGCAAGAAUGUGACGAGUUGUCAAGGAAGGUGGCUGAACUGAACAGUGAGAAUAGUGCACUAACUUUAGAGGUUGAAAAUCUCAAGAAAUUUUGCAGGGAUCUGAAGGCAGAAAAUGAGUCAUUAGAGGCAGGCUUGACUCACUUCUAUGGGGCUGGCAUGGUUUCUGCUUUGGGAAGCAAAGUUGAGUCAUCAGCAGUGCCAUCAGUUGGUGGUGACGGCAGUGACCAUGUUCAUCAAAGUCCAGUUGAUUCCAAUCGGAACAAGGGGAAGUUCUAUACUGGCAUUGACAAUCCCAAUCAACUUUGAGGUGAAUCGAAACUUUUUAAUCCUCAACCAUCAUUCUAGGAGCCUUGACUCUUUUUUGCAUGUGAAGAGGGUAUGUAAAGCUACCAAUAUACGUAGGUAAAAGAUUCUGAAGAGCUUUGAGUCUUUUUGGAGCUUAUAGGUCAUUGAAGAUUAUUCUGGGAAAAGGGAGGUGUUUAUGGAUUGGUGUAGCAGCUUUUUCAUUGCUUCCAAUUAUCUUUCCUCUCCCCUUCCCCUUCAUCACUAUCUUCUUCUUCUUGUUCUUUUGCUAACUAGUUUGCUGAUUAUGACUUACCAAACAAAAGUUCGGCAAUUCUGACAAAAGAGAAAAAAUUGCUCUCAUGCGUGGUUUUUCAGUUGUUUUUUUUUUGUUGGGGGUGUGGUGUGUUCUCUUUUGGUGUAAAGAAAGUCUUAUAUCUAAACUGAUCCUGUAGUUGUGUGAUAAGUUUUGUUAGGACCGGCAUCAUCCCAUGUCUCUGGUACAAAACCUUGGCGACUGUCUGAAAAUGUGCAGUUUUUCUUUCA